UCAUGUGACCGGCGCAAGAUGGCCGCGUUCCCGUGGCAUGCAAGAUCAAGGAACUAUGUGUCAGAAUCUGAAGUGUGCAAGCUGGAAUCUGUACCCUUGGAUUUUGGUGAUUACCAUCCACUGAAACCCAUUACAGUUACUGAAUCCAAGACAAAGAAGAUGAACAGGAAGGGCAGCACUUCUUCUACCUCCUCCUCUUCCUCCAGUUCAGUGAUGGACCCUCUGAGCAGCGUGCUGGAUGGCACUGAUCCCCUGUCACUGUUUGCAGCAGCUGCAGAUCCUGGGACUGCUGCUCCUCCCACGGAAGGUGCACGAAGGAAACGGGACAAAGAUGAGAGCUCAGCAGUGGGGAGUGACUUUGAACCAUGGUCAAGCAAACGUGGUGAAAUCCUUGCUAGAUACACAACAACAGAGAAGCUUUCUAUUAAUCUGUACAUGGGGUCUGAAAAAGGAAAAACCACUGCUACUGGUUCAGCAGUCUCUGAAAAAGUGAGGACAAGGUUAGAAGAGCUGGAUGAUCUGGAAGAGGGAUCACAGAAGGAGCUGUUGAAUUUGACUCAGCAGGAUUACAUGAACAGAAUUGAAGAACUGAACCAAUCUUUAAAGGAUGCAUGGUCCUCUGAUCAGAAAGUAAAAGCUCUGAAAAUAGUCAUCCAGUGUUCUAAGCUUCUUUCAGACACAACAGUAAUCCAGUUUUAUCCAAGCAAAUUUGUUUUAAUUACAGAUAUCCUUGAUACUUUUGGCAAACUGGUGUAUGAAAGAAUUCUGUCAAUGUGUGUGGAUAACAGAGUCUCUCUGCCAGAUAACUUUUCUCCAGAGAGUGUUAACGAUACAGCUAAAGAAACUUGCUUAAACUGGUUUUUCAAGAUUGCUUCAAUCAGAGAACUCAUUCCCAGAUUUUAUGUGGAAGCUGCAAUACUGAAGUGCAAUAAGUUCCUCUCCAAAACGGGCAUUUCAGAGUGUCUGCCACGGUUAACAUCCAUGAUUAGAGGAAUUGGAGACCCACUGGUUGCAGUCUAUGCCAGAGCAUACCUGUGCAGGGUUGGGAUGGAAGUGGCACCACAACUCAAAGAAAGCCUGAAUAAAAACUUCUUUGACUUUCUCCUAACAUUUAAACAAAUCCAUGGCGAUACAGUUCAGAACCAGCUGGUGGUGCAGUGUGUGGAGAUCCCUUUGUAUCUGACCCUGUAUUCUCCUGCUAUAGACUGGAUUUUACAGUGUAUUGCAUACCAUGCUCCAGAUGUUCUGCUUACUGAGAUGAUGGAGAGAUGCAAGAAGUUGGGGAACAAUGCUUUGCUGUUGAAUUCAGUGAUGUCAGCGUUCAGAGCAGAGUUUAUUGCUGCGAGAUCAAUGGACUUCAUUGGCAUGAUUAAAGAGUGUGAUGAGUCUGGGUUCCCAAAGCAUCUCCUCUUUCGCUCCCUGGGAUUAAACUUGGCAUUGGCUGAUCCUCCUGAAAAUGAUCGCCUUCAAAUUCUAAAUGAAGCCUGGAAGGUUAUAACAAAGCUGAAGAACCCACAGGAUUAUAUCAACUGUGCUGAAGUGUGGGUGGAGUAUACCUGCAGACAUUUUACGAAGCGAGAGGUCAAUACAGUUCUGGCUGAUGUUAUCAAACACAUGACUCCUGAUAGAGCAUUUGAAGAUGCUUACCCACAGCUGCAGUCAAUUAUUCAGAAAGUUAUUACCUAUAUCCAUGACUUUGCUCUGCUUUUUUCAGUGGAGAAGUUCUUGCCAUUUCUGGACAUGUUCCAGAAGGAGAGUGUGAGAGUGGAGGUUUGCAAGUGCAUUAUGGAAUCUUUUAUUAAGCACCAGCAGGAGCCGACGAAGGACCCCGUCAUCCUCAACGCCCUGCUGCAUGUCUGUAAGACAAUGCACGACUCUGUGAAUGCACUAACACUUGAGGAUGAGAAAAGAAUGUUAGCAGCUCUGAUAAAUGGAUUCAUAAAAAUGGUUUCCUUUGGCCGUGACUUUGAACAACAGCUGAGUUUCUAUGUUGAAGCCAGGUCAAUGUUUUGCAAUCUGGAGCCUGUUCUAGUCCAGCUGAUUCAUUCUGUGAACCAGCUAGCUAUGGAAACCAGAAGGGUGAUGAAAGGAAAUCAUUCCAGGAAGACUGCUGCAUUUGUCAGGGCUUGUGUUGCCUUCUGCUUCAUCACAAUUCCAUCUCUGAGCAGUAUCUUCACACGUCUCAAUCUGUAUCUACACUCUGGACAGGUUGCUCUGGCAAAUCAGUGCCUUUCACAAGCUGAUGCUUUUUUCAAAGCUGCAGUGAGCCUUGUUCCUGAAGUGCCAAAAAUGAUCAGUGUAGAUGGAAAGAUGCGACCUUCUGAUGCCUUCCUCCUGGAAUUCCUGUGUAAUUUCUUUUCCACAUUAUUGGUUGUUCCGGACCAUCCAGAACAGGGAGUGUUGUUCCUUGUGCGAGGAUUACUGAAUGUGAUCCAGGAUUACACUUGGGAGGAUAACAGUGAUGACAAAGUCAGGAUUUAUACCAAUGUUUUGCAUCUGCUGUCUGCAAUGACUCAAGAAGCAUUUAUCUACCAUGUAGAUAAAGUUGAUUCCAAUGAUGCUCUCUAUGGUGGAGACUCCAAGUUCCUGGCUGAAAUUAAUAAACUGAGUGAGACAGUGGUGUCACAGAUCCUGGAUCACCUGAAAACCCUGGGAAAGGAGGAGACCCUGAAGAGGCAGAGCCAGCUGGCUCUCUAUUUCUUUAACACCAUCCUGGCUCACGGGGACCUACGGAACAACAGACUGAACCAGCUCUCAGUCAAUCUCUGGAAUCUUGCUCAGAAGCAUGGCUUUGCUGACACCAAGACUAUGGUGAAAACCCUGGAAUACAUCAAGAGGAAGAGCAAACAACCUGAAAUGAGUCAUUUCACAGACCUGGCCCUCCGGCUUCCUCUGCAGUCCAGGACCUGAUGGUGCCUCUUCCAGGGACUCACCUGCACAAGGGAGCAGGGAAGCAAGGCCACAAAUCACUGAUCCAUCAGUGUAUUGUUACUUUCCUUAGUGAGACACAUUUACUUGGGCACAGCAAAGGUAAAACUGUUCUGAGUGCAAUAAUUUAACCUGAGUUUCUGUAUCCAGUUUUACCAUAGCAUUGUUAUUUUAAAUGCUGAUUUACAUUCAGUAAACAGUUAUCUUGAACCUCUAUGGUUGCAAAAGCCUUUUGACAUCUAAUCUGUUGUAAUUUUAACAAAAAAAGGAAGAUAAUCUGUAGGAAUGAGGUCACAGCCUCAAAACUUCAUUCCUCUUUCUUGCAGAAUAGUCAUUCUCCUCUGCAGAAAGCAGCAUUUCAAUAUAACAGACUAAGUUUUCUCUCUGUUUUGGGAUGCUGCCAGCAUUUGCCUGGCUAGUUCCAGUAGCAGAGAACAAUGGCUGAGGUGUUACUGCUCUAACUUCUACAAUACAUUAACACAGACAUGUUUAUGUUUUCAUUUUAGUCCAGUGGUGUUUUGUAAAAUGGAAGGAAUCUUUAAGUGUUGCAAAGGAAAAUGGAAAUUAUGCAAAGUCCUCUAUAUUUGCAAAGUACCUAUCACUGAAUAAAACAAUUUGCAGUUCA